AUGAUGGAAAAGUAUAGUAAGAUGCCAGACAAGACACCAAAGUUCUUGUUAGAAAAAAAGAAAGUUAAUACCAAUCUGAGCUCAACUAAAGAUAGAGUUAAAGCUGCUUUAGAAAAAGAGAAAGAAGAAGCAAUGAUGCCUCAUAGGAGGAAACGCAAACAUAAGAAUCCAGAAGACAUCUCAUCUCCAGAUGACAACUUCCCGUCUACCCCAUCGAGAAUGGCUGAUGAGAGACCUGAUGCUAAGAAACCAAAGAUUGAUAAACCUAAAAUGCCUCCACCGAUGAAUUUCAAUGAGCUCCUCAAACUAGCAGAAAAGAAACAAUUCGAACCCAUAGUUAUUGAGAAGAAAAGCAAAGAAGAUGAAAGUCCCCUUACCAAGAAACAGAGAAGAGAAAUGGAAAGGAUGAGGGUGUGGCAGGAAAGAAAACAAGAAAGACUUAAGCCUGACCCAAGCGAGCCCAAACAGAAAAUUAAUAAAGAAGCAGAAACUGCCAAAUCGAAAAUAGCAAAAGUGCCGAAUCAGUCAAUAUUAGCAACAGCCCGAACAAGUUCUAAUAAGGCUGAUAAUAAAAUGCAAAAUCCUGAACCAGAAAUUAGGAAAAAAAUUGAUUGGGGUCCUAAACAUCCAUCAGCUGGAAAAAUGAAUAUCAUAACAAAGGCCCCAGUUGACACUAAAAAACCAGUCCCAAGUGCCUCCAAUAAUCCCAUGAAAGAUUUGGGAAAAUCUGUAUCAAAUUAUACAGAAAAAUCUACAAAAAUUGCCACCAAAAGCAAUAAUGGAACAACUAAGAAUAGCUUGCCUUCAAAGGACAUUAAAAGGCAUCCUAAAGAAAUCAGUGUGAACAGCAGAGGCCCCUCUGACAAAAAAAUGUUGGAUAAGACUAAGGAGAAAGAAAUGCUACAAAGAGAAUUGUCUAAACCAAAACAGUUCCCACCAAAUGAUCUGAGAGCAAAACACUUUCCUCCAGCUGAUGUGAGGAGAAAACCCAUGUCUAAUAAAAUGCAAAUGCAAAUGAAAAAACGAAGAAUUAUCGAUGAUGAUGAUGAAGAUUAUGAUUCUGAAAUGGAUGACUUCAUUGAUGAUGGUCCCGAAGAAGGAGAAGAGGAUUACUCUAAAUAUAUCAGAGAAAUAUUUGGUUAUAACAAGUCAAAAUAUGUGGAAGUCGAUGAAGAAGAUGAUGAUAUUAUGGAGUCCUCAUUUUCACAGCAGAUGAAAGAAGAGCAAAUCAGUACAAAAUUGGGUAUAAUGGAAGAUCUUGAAGAUAUGAGACUAGAGGGAGAGCACAAACGAAGAAAAGCAUUGAUGAAGAAAAAAUUCGGUAGCUAAAAGUGAGAUCGCACGCAGUGACCAAGAUGCAUUUAGUGUUUUAAUCAUUGCAUUUAUAUUACACUAAUAUUCAAUAUAAAUUCAAUGGAAAUUUAGUCAACUACUUUGAAACACAUUGAAAAAGUUGGAGGGAAUUCUUUGCAAAGUUCAUAUUAAUGUAUAUAUAUAUAUAUAUAUAUAUAUACUUAUAUUUAUUGUAGAUAUCAACACAUGCUGUAUAUUGUAAAUAAAAUUUCAAAAAUUU